GGCAGCCCGGCGGCGGUAGCGGGGAGGCGGCAGCGGCGGCGGCUGCGUCCCCGAAGCGGCGCGGACCAUGCUGCUGGACGCCGGCCCGCAGUUCCCGGCCCUCGGCGUGGGCACCUUCGCCCGGCACCACCACUCGGCCGCGGCGGAGAUGCAGGACCGGGAGCUGAGCCUGGCGGCGCAGAACAGCUUCGUGGACUCGGCAGCGGCGCACAUGGGCGCCUUCAAGCUCAACGCCGGCGCCCACGACCUCUCCCCCGGGCAGAGCUCGGCGUUCACCUCGCAGGCGCCCGGUUAUCCCGCCGCCGCCCUGGGGCCCCACGCCGCCCAUGUCGGCUCCUACUCCGGGGCGCCCUUCAACUCCACACGGGACUUCUUGUUUCGCAGCCGGGGCUUCGGGGACUCGUCGCCGGCCGGCGGACAGCACGGCAUCUUCGGCCCUGCGGCCGGCAGCCUGCACCAUCCGCACACGGACGCUCAGAGCCACCUCCUCUUCCCGGGCAUCCACGACCAGCACGGCCCCCACGCCUCCCAAAACGUCCUCAACGGACAGAUGCGACUGGGCUUGCCGGGGGAGGUAUUCGCCCGCUCGGAUCAGUACCGCCAGGUUUCCAGCCCCAGGACUGACCCUUACUCGGCGGCUCAGCUGCACAACCAGUACGGCCCUAUGAAUAUGAAUAUGGGCAUGAACAUGGCAGCCCACCACCACCACCACCCAGGUGCCUUUUUCCGAUACAUGCGGCAGCAGUGCAUCAAGCAAGAGCUCAUCUGUAAGUGGAUCGACCCCGAGCAGCUGAACAACCCCAAAAAAAGUUGCAAUAAAACUUUCAGCACCAUGCACGAGUUGGUCACCCACGUCUCGGUGGAGCACGUUGGGGGACCCGAGCAGAGCAACCAUGUCUGCUACUGGGAGGAGUGUCCCCGCGAAGGCAAGCCCUUCAAAGCGAAAUACAAACUGGUCAAUCAUAUCCGAGUGCACACGGGAGAGAAACCCUUCCCCUGCCCCUUCCCUGGCUGCGGAAAAGUUUUCGCCAGAUCAGAAAAUCUCAAAAUUCACAAAAGGACGCACACAGGGGAGAAGCCCUUCCAGUGCGAGUUCGAAGGCUGCGACCGUCGCUUCGCCAACAGCAGCGACCGCAAGAAGCACAUGCACGUCCACACCUCGGAUAAGCCCUACUUGUGCAAGAUGUGCGACAAGUCCUACACGCACCCCAGCUCCCUGCGGAAACAUAUGAAGGUACCCGGCCCCGCAGGAGGCGGCGGGAG